AUGGAAAGGGUGGCAGAGAAGGUGUUGAGUAAAGUACCGAAGAUUAGAAGGGUGUGGGAAAGGAGAGUGGAGGGAGGAAGGGAGGUACUGAUAGUGGAGAUGGAGGAUGAGAAGGAGAGAGCGGUUCUGUUAGGAAGGUAUGGAGAAUUCAGGCAGAGGUGGGGUAUAGGCGUAAACGAGGACUUGACUAUGGAAGAGAGAAAAGCGAGGUGGAGAUCGAGCUUACUUUCUGCUGAUUUUAAUUCGGUGUUUUCAGAAAUAUACCAACUGGACGUGGAUUAUCAGGUAAUUUCCAAUAAUCUGUUGGCGUCCGCUUUCACGUAUCACGAGCUCGAAAAAGUGGCCUCGACUUUCGACCUAGACGUAGGUGGUUUGCUAUUACUGGAAGCGACAAAUUUGAACGACGCUGUUUUGGUUGGUUCUAAGAGAACGCUGUAUUUUUCUACUGAAACCAGCAUUGCUAAAUUGAUACAAGUAUUAUCAGAGUGGAUUCUGCAUGAUAAGUCAUUGGCACUGACGAAAAACGCACUCGCUGAGCCUACCAUAUAUAGCUUAGAUGAGGAAAACAGGAGACGAUUUCCAGCCAGUCUGGCAUACGACGUUCUAGUCACCUUAGUUAAUCCUGACCCUGAAAAGCUAAAGAUCGUUUGGGACCUCAGGACAGUAACUGAAGUAAAGUCUCUAAUUUUGACCGGAUGGGGCGAUAACCACAGCAUGGGACUGCCAAUCACCAUGUACUUGCGCGAACGCAGUUGCGCACAAUGUCUGCACUAUGCGCUACAGUGUAAGAGUACAUGUUCUUGUCAACUCGAUCAUUUGGAAUAUUUUUGUUAUUUUUAA